AUCAAGCAGUCACGUGACCACGGAGGACAAACACAUGACGUACCGAUCAGAACACAAUCAUGAUCAUGUUUGAUCUCUCUGGGGACCAGUUGCCAUGGUAACCCGGGAUAAACCCCCCACCUCACUCCCACCCCCCGGUGGCCACUUGGCUGGCCGCGUGCACCGCGCUGCAGUGAGAUCACGAGCGGACUAUGAAGAUGACGUCACGUCACCCAAACUGACCGUGCCGUCGAACGUGGGCGACUUCAAGUGAGUGACAGCCGUCCUCGCACGUGCAUCAGAUGGAUGCGUGUCUCCGUGUUGGACGCUGGACGUCCUGUCGCCCAGGACCACCUCAGUGAAAAGCAGUCGCCUGUCGUCGUCACGGGAAGCGACGUCACAAUCCCAGCCGUCGCCGCUUCCUGCUUCCGACAGCCAAUAGGGAUGAGCCAAGCAAAGAAGGCGGCGCCAGGUCAGGAGAUGGAAGGCAAGGUGCAGACGUGGGCCCAGUCGCUGGUUUACACGCUGGAGGAACUGGAGUGUAAAAUCUGUUACAAUCGCUAUGACACUCGCAGCCGUAAACCCAAACUGCUUGCGUGUCUGCACCGAGUCUGCGCCAAGUGUCUGAAGAGGAUGGUGGACAUGGGCGAGUCCUCCCCAUCCAUCAUCAGCUGCCCUUUCUGCCGCCACGAGACCCGGGUCCCAGAUGAAGAGGUGUGGCUGAUGGAGGACGACCGACACAUCCUGGCGGUACUGUCCUGUCAGGACCGAGCACGCCGGGGGGGUCACGGCGAGGUGGUGCUGAGUCCCAGCGGGCUGACAGGUGCCGACUCGGCGCAUCGCUCCUCGGACUGCCUCGUCAUCACCAUCAUGGAGCUGCCUGAUGACUCGCCGUCAUCGGACUCACUGAGCGUGCUCAACGUGGUGGGUCUGUACCGCCCCUCCAGCCUGGACUCGCUGCCCUGCAACCUGCCUGCUCAAAAGUGUCGCGCCUGGACGUCUCACAGUUUCCCCCGCUGCCUGCUGGGGGCGCUGUGUCUGGUGUACUUCAGCUCGUUACCUCUGGGCAUCUACCUGCUGAUGAUCGGCCACAUGUGGUUGGGCGUGGUCCUGGUCAGCCUGGUUCCGUCCACGCUGCUGCUGCUUGUCCUCUACGGCUUCUGCCAGUGUCUCUGCCAAGAGGUCACGGAGGCGCUCACCGCACGCAGAGGCACGCUGCCGUGACGUUGACAAACAAUGCGCCGCCGCCAACUUGGUACCUCCACGAUGCUGCCAGCCAAUCAGAGAAGAUGCCUUCAGGACAACAGGAAGCAGACUGAUAUUCAUUCCAAAAUGUGUCUGAGCCAUCAAUCAUUAAACUUCAUUCGUCGUCGCUAACUUAGCAGAAGUGCUGCAAGAAGACUGCUGACCUAGCUUAGCAUAAAGACAGGAAGUUAGCUUGGCGAUGUGAUUGACACGUCGUAUGUUUACAUAGGAAACUUAGCAGUAUCAGCUCAGGAGGUAAUGCGAGCAGUGUACACUUGAGUAUUUAGCAAGAGCGCUAGCUGCUAGCCUUUGUGCUAAGCUAAGCUAAACAGUGGAUCUUCACCUGCAACAAUUCACUGCUUGUUUAUGUGCAAUACAAAUAGAAUAAAACUAAAUAAUAACAUUUAUUUUGAGGUGGAAUUAAUUUUUUAUUAAGUUGAAAAAAAAAACGAGGGAAGUUCUUUCUUGUAUAAAGUAGUCAAAAGCCACUACAGAAACAUGAGACAAAUGAAUACAGAGGGGGAGAAACACAGAGAGAGAGAGUGUGCAAAGUAAAGAUAUCAAACAGGAAAAUAACUUUAGUUGUUGCCUGUGGUGAACAAGAACCCUGAGGUCCUUUGAGUCAGGUCGUAUUUGUGCGUUCCAUUUGUAUCGAGAAGUCAGAAUUUCAGAUUUCCUAGUCGGAAUUUCUACUGGAACGCCCCUUAAAGUCGGACUUCCAACUCGGAAAGUCACAGCAUUCUCACCAACCCCGAGUGUUACGGUUCAGCAGGGGAAGAAGAUGGCACAGAAUGCAGGGCUUUAGUUUUAGCUCUAUUGAUUAUAUUUACAAAAGUAUGGAAUGUGAAAUAAUCCAAAAUGGUGUGUGACUAUGUGUAACGAUUAUCUGAUGAGUGCUAAAGUUAAAGUACCAAUGAUUGUAACACACACACUAGGUGUGGUGAAAUUUGUCCUCUGCAUUUGACCCAUCUCCUUUAUCAUCCCCUGGGAGGUGAGGGGAGCAGUGGGCUGCAGUUGUGGCUGCGCUUGGAAAUCAUUUUUGGUGAUUUAACCCCCAAUUUCAACCUUUGAUGCUGAGUGCCAAGCAGGGAGGUAAUGGGUCCCAUUUUUUAUAAUCUUUGGUAUGGCUGGGGUUUGAACUCACCACCUACCACUAGGCCACUGAGUAGGAAGAGUUGAGCGAGGUGCGGAAGUCCAAGGGGACAAGCUCGGAGGUCUGUGGGCAGGCGUGAGGUCAAGGCGAGGUGUCAGAGUCCGUGUCCAGGCGGGGGGUCGAGAUCCAAGAGGCAGCCAGGGAACCAGAGGGAAAAGGGGGAGACAAGACACACACCUUGUGACGUGAGAACGGAGGAAUGCUGCUGGAAGACAACCAGAAACAUGAGACAAAUGAAUACAGAGGGGGAGAAACACAGAGAGAGAGAGUGUGCAUAGAGCUAGAGAUAUUCAGCUUACUGAACUGGAACAGGUCGCUACGUUCUGGCCCGGAACGCAUGUUUGAACUGGCUUAAGAAGCCCAGGGAGAAUCAUUAGUGGCAGGUGUGUUGCGUGCUGACUGACUGGCGAUUGAAUGCAGCCGCUUGCUGCAGCCGGAGUGGCGUGUGCAGGUGCAAGCAGCGCAGCACACAGAUGAAUGCCCACUGGAGUGCGCCCGGGCCGUGACACCGAGUUGGUUUCAAAGAUGUCUGCUCUGGAUGUAAAAAAUCAUAUCCGCUGCUAUAAUAUCAGUUAUGAACACUUCUGAUUUGUUUUUGUCACACUAAAUCAGCCAGAUACAAUGUUUUGUUGUACGUUAUAUAUGGCAACGUCACUGUAGUGUAAACUACAUUUAUUUCAUGUGGUAAAUACGCUGUACAUCGCGAGCAAUAGUGUCGGAGUUUCCUCAUCAUCCAUCAUAUUUAAAGGUUGCAGAAAUAAUGGAUUUUUCCCAUAAGUUGUUUAUACAGUGGGGCAAAAAAGUAUUUAGUCAGCCACCGAUUGUGCAAGUUCUCCCACUUAAAAUGAUGACAGAGGUCUGUAAUUUUCAUCAUAGGUACACUUCAACUGUGAGAGACA